CAUCUAUGGACGUCUAUGAGGAAAUGACUAACAUGUAUUCAAUCUCAAUCUCUAGUUUUCUACACAUCACGGUGUUUAUCCAGUGCAUUGUGGUCCGUUUAGAGUCAUGCAGACCAAUAGGGGAGGGGAUUCUUUAGGGCGGGGCUUGCUGUGAUUGACAGAGCCUUCCAAAAAUACAACCCACGAUUCUUGAGUCUGCAAUAAGUCUAAGUAACGUGAUCAGGAGGGUUUCUGGAGAGAAAGGGGCUUCAUGCUGAGGUCACAGACCUAUUAGUAUCGGAGAGUAAUCAAUAAUAAAUAUAUGGCGCUCUUUUGCAAUAACAAAAUGUGUACAAGGAGUCGAGCGUUUAAGAACAGAAGGUCGUGUAAAUCAUUCAGAGUCAGGGGGAGGUUUUCUUUCUGUGCACAUUGGCUAAUAGGGAGGAGGAGUGUGUGCGAGUGUGUGGUGGUGGGAGGAGUAUGUGUGUCUGCAUGACACAGAGAGAGAGAGAGAGGGGGGAGAGAGAGAGGGAGGAUUUGUGGCAUUUAGUGUGUCAGCUGUCAUUAGGCGCAGAUGAAACACGCACACAACCAGAGAAUAGGGGAAAUGCAACGCCAGUGUGUGCGUGCUUGAGUGGCGUGUGCUGUGCUGACUGUGUGUGUGUGUGUGUGUGUGUGUGUGCGUGCUGGAGAGCCGGCCGGCAUGGGACGGUGGGCCGGCUCGGCGCUGGUCAUGGACGGGUUUCUCAGGAUCUCAGGUGCUGAUAUUUGCUGAAGAUGAGUAGCGGGGGGGGGAACACCCCGGAGCCCCCCAGAGGGGCAGAGUCUCUGAAGAGGAAGGACGGCCCGUCGGACCUCCUGCUGGGGCCCAGCCCCAAGAGGAGCACCGAGCGGAGGAACCGGGAGCAGGAGAACAAGUACAUCGAGGAGCUCGCCGAGCUGAUCUUCGCCAACAUCAACGACAUGGACGACCUGAACGUCAAGCCGGACAAGUGCGCCAUCCUCCAGGAGACGGUGAAGCAGAUCCGCCAGAUCAAGGAGCAGGAAAAAGCUCCAGUGGCUGAUGCUGAGGAGGUGCAGAAAGCCGACGUCUCCUCCUCAGGACCAGGGGUCAUCGAUAAGGACGCCCUCGGGCCCAUGAUGCUGGAGGCCCUGGACGGCUUCUUCUUCGUGGUCAACAUGGAGGGCAGCAUCGUGUUCGUCUCGGAGAACGUCAGCCAGUACCUGCGCUGCCAGCAGGAGGAGCUGAUGAGCACCAGCGUGUACAACGUGCUGCACAAAGGGGACCACGCCGAGUUCUCCAAGAACCUGCUGCCCAAGAGCCUCGUCAGUCAUCGCGGCGGCGACUCGUCCAACAGGAGCAGCCACACCUUCACCUGCCGCAUGCUGGUGGACCCGCGGGCCUCGGACCAGCACCAGUACGAGACCAUGCAGUGCUUCGCCGUGUCGGAGCCCAAGUCCAUCCGGGAGGAGGCCGAAGAUUUCCAGUCGUGUCUGAUCUGCGUGGCGAGAAGGGCCCCCGUCAGAGAGAGGCCCGUGAUGCCCGCCUACGAGAGCUUCACCACGCGCCAGGACCUUCAAGGUAAGAUCACGUCGCUGGACACCAGUCAGCUGCGGGCCUCCAUGAAGCCGGGCUGGGAGGACCUGGUGCGGCGCUGCAUCAAGAGGUUUCACCUGCAGAAUGAAGGGGAGAUGUCCUUCGCUAAGAAGCACCAGCAGGACGUGUUGAGGAGCGGCCAGGCUCUCAGCCCCCUGUACAGGUUCUCCCUGGCCGACGGCACGGCGGUGUCGGCUCACACCAAGAGCAAACUGAUCCGCUCGCCGGCCACCAGCGAACCGCAGCUCUACAUGUCCCUGCACAUCCUGCAGAGGGAGAACGCGAGCGCAGACAUGCCGGGCGCUCAGAGUCCGGCCAAGCCGAUGACACCGACCGGCGCGAGCGGCCCCUCCCCUUCCCCCGAGGCCAGCGUCACCGGCAGCACGCACCACGGUUUCGUGAGCGUCUCGGGUCGGGCGCCCACACCCCAGGCGCUCAGGCUGGCCAGCCCCUCGGCCCAAGGGAGCCCCAGCGUCACAUCGGGGGCCCUGAGCGCCAUGCUCUCGCCUCGCCAUCGCCACAGCCCCGGCAUGGCGGCCAGCAGCAGCAGCGGCUGCAACAGCCCCCGCAUGCAGCACGCCUCCGGCCCUUUCUCUCCCGCAGCCGGACUCCACUCGCCCACGUCCGUGUGCAGCAGCGCGGGAACCAGCCACGCGUUCAGCUCGCUGAGCGCUCUGCAGGCCCUCAGCCAGGGCCACAGGGUCCCCCGGGGAGUCCCCGAGGGGCCCGACGGAGACAACAACUCCAGCCUGGAGGCCGACCUGUUGGGAACCUUUGCGCAGCAGCCGGGCCCGGUGUCCCCGAACCGGGACGGCGAUCAGGAGACGGGUGGCGCCGGGGAAAUGGGCGACGCCCCCAAUUGCCUUCUGAACACAAAGGGCCACACCAAGCUGCUGCAGCUCCUCACCACGAAGUCGGAGUCCCCCGACCCCUGCCCGUCCCCAUCGCCGGGGGACGAGCAGACCUGCAAGGACCAGCCGGGGGGGGGCGGCGGCGGCGGCGCCUCGGGGCACGACGGCCACCCCACCUCGCUCAAGGAGAAGAACAAGAUCCUCCACAAGCUGCUGCAGAACGGCGCCUCGCCCGUGGAGUUGGCCAAGCUGACGGCGGAGGCCACCGGGAAGGACGCCGCGGGUCCCGAGUCGUCCUCGGGGGACAACAUGGCCGCCCUGGGCGAGCUCUUCGUGAAGCAGGAGCCGGGGAGCCCCAAGAAGAAGGACAACGCGCUGCUGCGCUAUCUGCUGGACAGGGACGACAACGGCGUCCCGGACAAAGCCGUCAAGACGGAGCCCGGCGACGCCCCCCCCCCACUGCCCGCCGUCAAGGCGGAGCCGCAGGGGGGCGACUUCGACGCAGCCGCGCAGGCCAUCGAGCUGGAGGACCUGCUGGAGGACCUGCAGAGCGGCGCCCAGCAGCAGCUGUUCGCUGGCCGGCCGGCGUCCUCCGCCGUGGACAAACAGAGCAUCAUCAGCGACAUCCUGCAGAUGACGGACGGCGGCGGAAGCCCCCCCAACCAUCACAGAGCCUUUCCUCCCAGCGGCGCCGCAGGCUUUAACAGCGCCAGGCCGGGCCAGCCGGGUCGAGGCCCUGCUCCGGUGAGGAUGGCCUCCCUGGACGGCGGCGUGGGCCCCAACGGCAGCAGGCCGUUCCCCCCCCAGCACAGGAACAACGGGCCCUACUCCUUAAUGCAGCAAGGCAUGAUGGGAAACAACGCUGGCAUGGCCAACCAGGCCGGGAUGGCCAACGCAGGCAUGCUGAGUAUGCGAGGAUCCAUGCAGCAGGGCUGGGGUCCCCAGGGGCCCAUGGGGCCCGGCGGGGGGCCAAUGAUGGGCCAAGGGGUGGGGCCGAGUCGGAUGGCCCCCAACGUGCACAGCAGAGGCCCCCCCGGGUCCAGAGGCGCGGCCGGCGUGCAGAUGAUGAGCAGCGGGUCCGAGAUGGAGAUGUCAAACGCCGCCGCCUACGCUCAGCAACAGGCUCCGCCCAAUCAGACCGCGCCCUGGACCCACCGCAUGAUGUCCGUGGACCACUACGGGAACCACAGCAGGCCGGCGUACGGCGCCCCCCAGGAGGACGGGAUGCGGUGCUGCGGCCAGGGGCCCGAGGGCCCCCCGGACGAGGGCGCCCUGCUGCGCCAGCUGUGCUCGGUGUUGAAGGACUACGAGGGUCUGGAGGAGAUCGACAAGAUGCUGGGCAUCCCGACUCUGGCUGGUCAGCAGGGCCCCGUGCCGGACCAGGACCAGUACCUCGGCUCCUCGGACCCGGCGGCCUCCAUGAAGCAUUUUCUGUACAGUCAACACUACGGCGCCCCCCCGGGUUACGGGUCGGCGCCCCCCGACGGCGGCUUCCACGGCCCGUCUGUGAGCAGCCACAUGGGGCCCCAGAGGAUGGCGCCCGGCGGCUACCCCCCCAUGAUGAGGAUGGCGGGGGGCGCGGGGCCCAGGCCGGUUGGGACCCGGCCGGGGGGCCCCGGUCCAGGGGGGCCGCCUCAGCCCAACAACCUGAGGCUGCAGCUGCAGCACCGGCUCCAGGCCCAGCUGAACCGCCACCCGAUGGUGAACCAGAUGAGUGGAGUGUCCAAUAUGAAUCUACCUCUAAGGGCUAACAUACCAAACCAGGGAACCCUCAACGCUCAGAUGCUGGCCCAGCGUCAGCGCGAGUACCUCAGCAACCAUCUCCGCCAACGCCAGCAGCAGCACGUGCACCAGCAGCGCGCCAUGAUGAUACGCACACAGGGCAUCAACGCGCCCAGCGGGGGCUCCGCCCCCACGCUGAUGCCCAUGGGCGGCACCAACCCGCGGUUACCGCAGGGCAACCCGCAGCAGUUCCCCUACCCGGGCUCCAGCUACGGUACCGGCCUGCCCUCCCCUCCUCCGCCCCCUCACCCCGGCUCCUCCAGCCCCUUCUCCUCCCCCCUCUCCCCCGGCCAUCACCUGAUGGGAAGUGUGGGCGGGCAGUACGGGGUGAUGAGCCCCCCCUUGCAGCACGGCGCCUACCAGUUCAGCAGCUCAGGGAUGAGCCAGCAGCAGCAGAUGCACCAGGACCCGGCGGCGGGUUUCCCGUGCGGCUCCGCGAGCCCUCAGAGCCCCCUGCUGUCCCCCAGGAUGGGUCCAGGUCAGGGCCCCAUUCUGCAGCAGAACCAGGGCCAAGCGCAGACCCAGGGCCCCAACCUGAGGGCGGCGCCGGCCUACCAGGGGAGCGGCGGCUGGCCCCAACCCGCCAACGUCAACAGCGGGUUCCCCCAACAGGCCCAGUCUCAGUACUCCACACAGGCCAAUGGAGGGAUGUACAACAACAACAACAGCGUGAACCUGGGAGUCAUGGUCAACAGCUUGAGCCACAUGUCGGGACAGAUGAGCACAGAGCAGGGGAGGGACGGCGGCCUGAUCCUGGACCAGCUGGCGGGGAUGGACAUGAUGACGCAAGAGGGCGAAGCCAGUUCUAAUUUCUGCUGACCCCGGCUGUGAGAGCAGCGAGGAGACCACCGUGUGUGUGUGUGUGUGUGUGUGUGCGUGAAGGCUACACAACCGUGUGUGUCUGUGUGAAUCCAAAACACUGGAGAAAUGAAACCUCCUGGAUUUCAUCUUUUACGGUUCCAUUUUGGAAACCUGACUGGAAACGUCAAAUGAGAACGUUUGGGAUGAAAUAUUUUACAGGUAUUUAUAGUUUUGAAGAAGUUUUUAGAGAUUCUUUGUACAAAGCGAAAAUAAUCAAGAAUAUCUUUAUGUUUAAGAAAAUCUCUCAACGGUACAUUCUGAUGUCAUUUUUAAAAUUAAUAUAUUUCAAGUGCUGUAGUUACAAGGGACCUGUUUCCCUGUUUGAUGACUCUUUGAAUGAAGGUGUGUGUAGAUUGUGUACAUACUUAGAUUCCUCUAUGUCUGAGUUUUAUUCCAACGACUGGGAGCGGAAAUAUUUGAUUGGUUGAAUGAAACCUCAGUGGGCGGAGCUUAAAAAACGAAAGGCAAUGACAGAGAGGGUCAUUUAAUUUGGCUUUCUUAAUAAAAGUCACUCAAUAGUUGCUCUAGAUUUGAUAAAAAUAUUUAUCAAGAUAUACCUAAAGUACCAAGGUAAAAUCAUUAUUAUUAUUAUCGAUUUGUUCAUCAGAUUAAUGCUGCAGCUCUUUAAGCUUAAUUACUUUAUAUGUUUUGUUGAUUUACAUUUUGUGACCACUGCUGUCCAAGUAUCCCAGUAAAGAGAACAAAUAAAUCCCACGUAUCGCAUUAAAAGGAACAUCGUUAAACGUGUGAUUCGGAAGUUUUAAGUCUUCUUCUCCGCCUCGUGAGACCAAUCAGAGGAUUUCUGCCUCUGAACCCAAAAAACAAAGCUUCAUUAAAAGGUGCUUUUAAGAAGUGAAGCGACUGAGGAGCCGUUCUGUCUGCAGGGGGAAUCUGUUAAAGGUGCAGCGCGGAGGAUUCAGAGAGCUUCCUGUGAGGGGGGGGGGCACAAACAGCAUGGUGAAUGGUGCAUGUGGCUCCUCGCUGUAACCGUGUGGAAAGAACUGACUUCAAAGUGGAUUCUGUUCUUUUUUCUUCUUAUAAGUUGUUUGUUUUUAUCUUUUGUCUCUUUCAGCUUUCGAUACAGUACGUCACGGAGUACUAGACGUAUAUAUUUAUAUAAAUUGAAGUACCUUAAGAUGCUGAAGGGGACGCAAAAUGCCUUAGGUCUGUUUAAGUCGUCAUACUGUCACUGUAACCCCCCCCCCCCCCUCGACCCCCCCACUACCUGGCUUUAGAUUUCUUUUCCCUUGAUGAGCACAAGCUGAAGUUACAAUAAUACUAAUUACAGUAAUUACAUUUCCCAAUAUGUAAUAAUAAUGUCGGGGAGGAGCUGAGCAGUUAUCAGGUUAUCACAGAUGUGCACCUCCCAUAAUUCACUUCACGUGUCAUUCAGCUGACGCUUUUAUCCAAAGCGACUUACAUUUCAUUAUAAUCAGGGACACUUCAACAUGUCACAUGGGGUUAAACAGUUUGAAUGUUUGAGACUAAACAGAAGGGAUGUAAGAACUAAACACUGGAAUGGCUUCACAGAGCUGAUUAAUAUUGAAUUUGUUGGAUUGUAUUUCCUAAUUAAGGAAAUGUCCAGCUCACUUCUGUGUUUCACCACCAGGAGGCGCCAGAGUGCAACAGGUUCUUUUUCAUCUUUAAAUGAGACAAAUCAGUGAAUGUGAAUGAUUUCUCCUUUUUAGAAGGAUACUUUAUUAUUAUUAGGAUUAUUAUGAUUGAUGUCAUUCCCCAGCAGAGUGCAGGAGGUUCCUCCCCAGAGGUCAAAGGUCACCGGUGGCGGUGCUUUUAUUUCACCCUGGCCGCCCCGGGGGCUCGUGUUCGAUGUCUCGCGGGUGUUUUUAUGCAAAAGUCCUGACGUUCACACCACUUUAUGCAAGCCGUCGACUCCAAUGAUGCUUUUGCCAAUGCUGCGUUAAUUUAUGAUUCAUGCUGCUGUAAAUAAAUUAUUUUUAUUGAG